AUGGGACGCCUACGCGAAGAUAUGAAACUGUACAAGUUGGUAGAUAUGCAUGGUGGAGGAGAACUGUUGCCGUGGUUCAGAUAUGCUCGGAGUAGUGGCGAUUACUCGUUGAUUGAUGGCUACUUGGAAACAAAAGUUCAAGAAUCAAUGUAUAAUCAAGGAAAAGGAAAACUCUACGCUAUAACCGAACUUGUGAAGAUUAGAAACAAGGAAAGAAAUGAGAGGUUGAGUGCCUUUUCUCGCAAGAAGGGUAAAGGCAAAAGUGGUCCAAAUGUUUUGGACGAAUUCAAACAAGAAGGAGAAAAUGUGGGAGAUCUGAAAAAAGCCCUGAAGUUGCUUGAUGGUGGAGGCAAAGGUGGAAAAAAUGAGUCAAAAUAUAGAGAAAUCACUUGGAGACUGGAAGAAAGAGGUGCUAUGGGUGAAACAAUCAUUGGCAUAUGUUUACUACAAGGGACAGAUGUUCAUAAUAAGUUAGCAAUGAAAAUUAUGGAAAGAUUUCCAAAAUUAAUCAAUGAUAUCCAUCUGUCUGAAGACUUUUAUGGCUUAUCCCCUCUACACCAAGCUGUUAUUAACCAAGAUUGUCAUAUGGUAUAUAUGUUGCUCAAAAAAGGGGCUGAUGUGAAUACUCGAUGUUAUGGGGCUUUCUUUUGUGCUGAGGAUCAGAAGGCUAGUCGAACGGAUUCGCUGGAGCACGAAUAUGUUGAGCUUUCACCAAAGACUAAUUAUACAGGACAUAUGUAUUUUGGCGAAUAUCCAUUGUCAUUUGCUGCCUGUAUGAAUCAUCCUGAUUGUUAUCGUCUCCUUAUAGCUUUCAAAGCAAAUCCAAAUGCUCAGGAUACUAAUGGGAAUACCGUACUUCAUAUGUGCGUCAUUCAUGAGAAUAUGGACAUGUUCCGUCUAGCUUUGGAAAGCGGAGCUCGAUUAAACAUUGCAAACAAGCAAAAUCUUACUCCACUGACCUUAGCCGCAAAGCUUGCAAAGAAAGAGAUGUUCAUGGAAAUCUUAGAGCUAGAAGGAGAUUCUGUAUGGGCUUACGGUGGAGCCUCAUCGACAGCCUAUCCGCUUGCCAAAAUAGACACCAUCAAUGAAUCGACAGGAGAGCUGAAUGAAGCGAGUGCUCUCUCACUGGUUGUAUAUGGGGAAUCAAAAGAACACUUAGAUCUGCUUGACGGACUUCUUGAAAGAGUUCUAGAAGCAAAAUGGCACGCUUUUGCAAAGAGAAGCAUGUUGCGGUCACUCGGCUCUUUUUUCUUUUAUUAUGUCGCAUUGUUUAUGGCGUUUACUCUUAGACCUGUUUCCAUGUCGACAUCGCAACUUACAUCUGGUUGGAUUACUUUCAAUGGAACGGUGCUCAACGAAACUUACAAACUCAACUCGUUUCCUACCAUAUGGACUUCAAGCGGUUACCAGACUUACCACGAAAAACUGACGCAGUGCCAUUUGCGCGACUACUGGGAUCCGAAUCUAACAAUAUGGCAGGGACCGGUGCGCGGUGGUUUUGAAAUAAUUGUUGUUUUAUGCGUCCUCAUGCAGCUAUUUAUGGAAAUCAAUGAUAUAAAAAGGAUAGGACGAAAAAAGUGGUGGGCAAUCCAUAAAGAAUUUCCGGCAAAAGUAGCAUACAAGUUCUCGUUUAUGCUGGUUUUGCUGAUGGUUCCUAUUAGAGCAGCUUGCAGUAUAGAUCCAACUCUUCUUGUUAUUGAUAAUGUUAUGUCAACGCUGGUUAUCAUAUCUACCACUGUGCAUUUCCUCUACUAUUGCAGAGCUAUCAAAUUUGUUGGUCCAUUUGUCUUGAUGGUAUACAAAAUCAUUGCCACUGAUAUCCGACGUUUCCUACUAAUUUACGGCAUCUUCCUUAUGGGUUUUUCUCAAGCAUUCUAUCUAGUGUUUCUCAGUUGCGAACGUGAACAUAUGGAAUUGGAAAAGAAAGGACUGCAAGGGAAAUUCCAAAACGUCAUUCAGAAUCCUGUGGAGGCAUUUAUUCGUACUUUCAUCUUGACUAUAGGCGAAUUCACUGUUCUCUACAGAAAUCUCGCACUAUGUCCAGCGAAAAUUAUGAAUGGAAUCGGAAAGAUUGUUUUCCUCAUAUUCGAGCUUGGAGUAUCGAUUCUGCAGUUUAAUCUGCUUAUUGCUAUGAUGACUAGAACUUAUGACACCAUUUUCAGAACAAGAAAGGAGUAUAAACGACAAUGGGCACAAGUUAUUUUGAUGCUAGAGCUCUCACUCAAGCCACAAGACCGCCUAAUGUAUCUUCUACAAUAUUCGCGCCCUAUCGGCACAAAUAAGAAAUUGCGCAGUUUUGUUGUUAUCAAAAACAUUUAUCAAGAUAAAACUAAAGAGGAAGUUGCUCAUGCUAAGGAAGAGAAAGCUAAGAAAGUAAUCGAAGAAAGAAAGGCGCUUUUGAAACGACGACUGAAGGAUAUGGAAAUUCGUGAAGGGAUUCGUCCGAUGACAUCGAGGCCGAUCAGCAGUUAUCUAAAAAUACAGGAAAAUUAA